AUGAUGCAGCAAAGACCCGGUAACCGAGCCCACAUAGUCUGCGUACAGUGUCACGCGAGAAAGGUCAAAUGUGACCUUCAAGAUCGCCCCGAUAGCUGCUGUGCCAACUGUCGGCGCUCCAACCAACAAUGCGUGCGCCGACAUGGGGUGAGAGCUCGGCGCAAGCCUCCCCACGCCAUCGGCACCACCCACGUACCUCAUUCGCCCUCGCCCACCGUCGACGCGGCGUACCAGGACCUAGGCAUCCCCCAUGCUCCGCAGUACCUGAGCCGUGCCAAGGAAGCCAUCUUGCGUGCGACGCAAGCAGCGGAGCUACCCCGGCCCGCACUCCUCGCCGCCUUGAUUGACGAUUACUUCAACAAUGUCUUUUCGGCCACGCCCGUCGUGGACCCGCAGGAUGUCGCGGGGCCCAACGCCUCGGUGCUUCUUUUGCAGGCCGUGUGUCUUUCGGGAAGCCUCGUACGGCAGGAUAGAGAUGGGCCGACGGCUUCUUUUAUCUUUUACGAAAAAGUGAAAACGCUACUGUACCUAAACUACGAGACGGAUGUCAUCGUCAAUCUCAAGGCCAUGUGUCUUUUAUCCUGCUGGAGCAGCGUACCUACCAACGUGGUUACGCUUGAUGGGCCUUGGCAAUGGCUUGGUAGCGCUAUCCGCCUUGCACUCCAGAUUGGACUGCAUCGCCGGUCGACGUACGAGGGGCACCCUCAGGCAUCGUGUCUCCGGAGGAUCUUUUGGUUCCUGGCGAACGCCGAGCGGAUGAUGGUGGCGUGCUGGGGACGGCUCGGUUCCUUGAGGGUGGAGUGCUGCGACGUGCAAGCACUGACUGCCGACGACUUCCCACACAAAGCCAUAUACGCCACGACUUUUACGCGCGUAAUACCCGUCAUCGAGAUUGUCGGCCGGAUCGCCGAGAUGACGAUCCAGAAGCAGGUCGUAUCCGGGGAGCAGACGCUGCACUUUAUUGACAGGUUAUGCGAAUGGAUCCACGAUUUGCCAGACGAAGUGCGGCUCUUUGACCGCGACGAAACUCGGCAACCAUUCAACCGCCACAUCUCCGAGCUCCACAUUUACUACUUCGUCGCCAUCAUAUUAACGCAGAUGGUCGGGAAGCAGGCACGCCAGUACUGGAAACCCCCUCUGAUUUCGGUGAUUGCGGCGUCGGCCCUGGCUAGAAUCUACGAAGAGAUCUUUUAUCGGGAGCAGACGCAAUAUCUGCCCUCGAUUCACGGAUUUCUGUCCCUGGUAGCUGCUAUUCCGCUCAUCUACUUUAAAUCCGACUCCGCGCAGGCGGAAGCGGAAAGAGCGGAAGAAUUAGAGAUGAUAAUCUCGGUCAUCAACUCGAUGAAGUAUAAAUUCGGCGGGUGUCGCCUAGUCUACACCAAGAUCCAGGGGCUCAAGCAAGAAGUCAAGGCGCAAGCGAUGGCGCUGGUGGACGGCGCGGCGACGGCGGCGGAAUCGUUUGACGAACUUGAUUUUGCCGCCAUCGAUGGUGGCGAUGCGUCGGCGGCGUUCAACACGUUUUUCUCGGUCAUGGACACGUUGGGCAUGGAUAUGACGGCGGAGGAUAUGGGCAAUGGGGAAGCGUUUAACAGUAUUUUCAACCUCGAGAUGGGGUAG